CCUAGGUCCAGACCUGAAGUGAAACCGAAACUGGACUUCAGGCGCGUCUUUUACUGUUGACAAAGGACUAUGGAAAGUAAACGGCCAAGGAUGGACGAAACUAGCUCUACACCCAACACAAAGAGUGAUGUGUGUAUGGAUCCAGCAAAAACCUAUGCAGGAAGAGACUCUUCUGCCGCACAUGUCCAGCAGGGGGCAUCAGGCGCACAGUCCAAGAGGACAGACGAGACCGAGGACUCAGCACACAGAUGGACACCAGAGGAGGCAGAGAUCCAUGAGAAACUCAAAUCCACUCUGAAGAGCAAGUUUGAGCAGCUGGUUGAGGGAGUACCCAAUCAGGGAGACCCCAGACUCCUCCAAGAGAUCUACACAGACCUCUAUGUCACAGAGGGGGGAAGAGGAGAGGUCAAUGAUGAGCAUGAGGUGGAAUGUUACAUGUCUGAUUACUUUGAUGAUGACUUUGAUGGAGGAGGAGAGGUCAAUGAUGAGCAUGAGGUCAGACAGAUAGAGAGGGCAUCCUGGAGAAGAGUAGCACAGGACAGACCAAUCAAAUGCAGUGACAUCUUUAAACCCAGAGGAGAAGCAGCACAAGAUGGACCAGUUAGCAGCAUCAAUCCCUUAUCUGUAAAGCACAAACCCAUCAGAACAGUGCUGACAAAGGGAGUGGCCGGCAUUGGAAAAACAGUCUCUGUGCAGAAGUUCAUUCUGGACUGGGCUGAAGGAACAGCCAAUCAUGAUGUCCACUUUAUAUUUCCUCUUCCUUUCCGAGAGCUAAACUUGAUGAAGGAGAAGAAACUCAGUCUGGUGGAGCUCAUUCAAGUUUUUUUCCCAGAAGUAAAAGACCCAAGAGUCUUCACCAGUUCACAGCAUAGAAUCGUGUUCAUCUUUGAUGGUCUGGAUGAGUGUCGACUUCCUCUAGAUUUCCUCUCCAACCCGAGGUGUUGUGAUGUGACAGCGUCAGCCUCAGUAGACGUGUUGCUGACAAACCUCAUCAAGAGGGAUCUGCUUCCCUCUGCUCUCCUCUGGAUCACCACCCGACCAGCAGCAGCCAAUCAGAUCCCUCCUGAGUAUUUGGACCAGGUGACAGAAAUUAGGGGAUUCAAUGACCCACAGAAAGAUGAGUACUUCAGGAAGAGAUUCAGCGAUGAGAACUUGGUCAGCAGAACAGUCACACACCUAAAGUCAUCCAGGAGCCUCUACAUCAUGUGCCACAUUCCAGUCUUCUGCUGGAUUACAGCAACUGUUGCAGAGAGAACAUCAGAAUCAGAGAGAGUAAACAUGCCACGGACUCUCACUCAAAUGUACACAGAGUUCCUGAUAGUUCAGACAAGCAUCAAACAGAAGUACACAGAGAGAAAAGAGACCGAUGAAGAGGUGAUUUUCCAAUUGGGGAAACUGGCUUUCCAACAGCUGGAGAAGGGCAAUCUGAUCUUCUAUGAGGAGGACCUGAGAGAGUGUGGCAUUGACGUGACAGAAGCAUCAGUGUACUCAGGAGUGUGUACCCAGAUCUUCAGAGAGGAGGCUGGGCUGUGCCACGGGAGGGUGUUCAGCUUUGUGCAUCUGAGCAUCCAGGAGUUUCUUGCAGCUCUGUAUGUGUUCCUCUGCUUCAACAACAGACAGAGAAACAUGCCUGACCAACAGGAAACCUCUCAGCUCUCUGCUCUGUUCAGAGCUGAAACACUUCUUGAUCUACACAAGACUGCAGUGGAGCUGGCUUUACAGAGUAAGAAAGGACACCUGGACCUUUUCCUCCGCUUCCUUCUUGGUCUCUCACUGGAGUCCAAUCAGAAUCUCUUAAAACACCUACUGCUGCAGAGCAGUAGCCAAUCAGAUAGCUCAGAACAAACAGCUCAGUAUGUCAAACAGAAGAUCAGAGAUCAACAUGAUUCAAACAGAAGGAUUAACCUGUUCUACUGUCUGAAUGAGCUGAAUCACCAUGCUGUAGUGGAGAGCAUUGACAAGAGCUCAGGAACUCUGUCUGUAAUUAUGCUCUUACCAGGACAGUGGGAGUCUCAGACAUUUGAGGUUGAGAUGUCAGAAGAGCUACUGGCUGAGUUUGACCUGCAGAGGUACAUAACAACACCAGAGGAAGAUCAGACUGAACUCCUCAGUCCAGAUGAAGUUCUCCAGAAGCUACUGCCAGUGGUCACAACAUCCACAUCAGCUGUGCUGCAGGACUGUGAGCUGACAGAGAAGAGCUGCUCCUAUCUGGCCUCUGCUCUCACAUCACUCUCCUCAACACUCAGACUGCUGGACCUGAGUCUUAAUGACCUGCAGGACUCAGGAGUGGAACUUUUAUGUUCUGCUCUUUCUCAUCAGAACUGCAAACUGGAGGAACUACGGCUGCAGCACUGUAAGCUGACAGAGAAGAGCUGCUCCUAUCUGGCCUCUGCUCUCACAUCACUCUCCUCAACACUCAGACUGCUGGACCUGAGUAAUAAUGACCUGCAGGACUCAGGAGUGGAACUUUUAUGUUCUGCUCUUUCUCAUCAGAACUGCAAACUGGAGGAACUACGGCUGCAGUACUGUAAGCUGAAAGAGAAGAGCUGCUCCUAUCUGGCCUCUGCUCUCACAUCACUCUCCUCAACACUCAGACUGCUGGACCUGAGUUGGAAUCACCUGCAGGACUCAGGAGUGGAACUUUUAUGUUCUGCUCUUUCUCAUCAGAACUGCAAACUGGAGGAACUGCGGCUGCACUACUGUAAGCUGACAGAGAAGAGCUGCUCCUAUCUGGCCUCUGCUCUCACAUCACUCUCCUCAACACUCAGACUGCUGGACCUGAGUGGGAAUGACCUGCAGGACUCAGGAGUGGAACUUUUAUGUUCUGCUCUUUCUCAUCAGAACUGCAAACUGGAGGAACUACGGCUGCAGGACUGUAAGCUGACAGAGAAGAGCUGCUCCUAUCUGGCCUCUGCUCUCACAUCACUCUCCUCAACACUCAGACUGCUGGACCUGAGUGGGAAUGACCUGCUGGACUCAGGAGUGGAACUUUUAUGUUCUGCUCUUUCUCAUCAGAACUGCAAACUGGAGGAACUACGGCUGGAGAGCUGUAAUCUGACAGAGAAGAGCUGCUCCUAUCUGGCCUCUGCUCUCACAUCACUCUCCUCAACACUCAGACUGCUGCACCUGAGUGGGAAUGACCUGCAGGACUCAGGAGUGGAACUUUUAUGUUCUGCUCUUUCUCAUCAGAACUGCAAACUGGAGAAACUACAAGUGGGUAAGAAGCCUAAUGUGCGCACCAUCAGAAAGGAGCGUCCAGCAGCAGCAGCAGCAGCAGCAGCAGCCUCCACUAGCAGCUCCCACUCCUCAGAUGCUGCAGAGCUGCACCUCAGAGACAAAGCCCAGCAGCACCCAGGAGCACAGCUGCUCUCUCUGGACACUCACAAGGAGGAUCACCACAUUGAUGCCCCACAGAGGAGCUGUGAGUCCUGUGCUGAAGUUCCAGACUCCAGCCACUGGGUCCUGGUGAAGCCUGAAGUCUCCACAGAGGAGAGCGUCUCCACCUACAGCUUGAGGUCUCCUGCAGGGAGCUACGAGUGCUCAGAGUCUGGUCUGCGCUGGACAUGUGCUGGUCCAGUCACCCUGCAGUACCACUUCACAGACUGGCAUGUCUUCUCUGAAGAGCUGGCCCACAUGCAGACCAGACCAGCUGGUCCUCUGAUGGACAUCAGGCCCAUGUCAGGAGAGCUGGAGGAGAUCCAUCUGCCACAUUUCCUCUGUUUGGGGGGUUGUGAGGCAUCUGUGCGUGAUGCUGUGAGGGUCCUGCAUGGGCGGGACAGCGGAGUGUGUGUGGAGGAGUGUGAGCUGACCCGACACCAUGCCAGACUUCUCCACCCCUCCUUCUCUCUACAUGGUGUCAUCUCCUAUAUCAAAUCUUUUUUCUCUCCCGAGAUGGUCCAUGCAAAAGUGCUGGUCUACCAGAGUUGCACACCACCCCUGUCCUACCGCGCCUACCUCCUGCCUGAAGAUGCCUUCCUGAAGCAGCUGGUGGAGAAAGAUGAGGAGAAAUUAAGAGGGGUUUGGAGGGACAAUCCCCACCCUGCCAGCUCUCUUCAGAUGGGCAACUUCUACAAUCUGAGGACUGACUGCUCCUCUGAGAUCUACCCAGAGGGCUUGGAGCUGAGGUACAGCAAGACCACCCCCAACUUCUAUAAGGCGGAGCUUCUUGAGGCUGCUGCUUCCUUCCACAUGGUGCUGUUCAGCUCUGGAGACAGCAGGGGGCAGUGUGUGUGGAGAGGGAAGUUCCAGUCACGUGAUGAGAGUCCACCAGCAGAGGGCAGCAGCACCCAAUCAGGAGCAGAGAGCAGGAGAGACACCAGCAGAGAGACCAGCUCAGCGUCUGCACCUUCAAGGCAUCCCGAUCCAGGGCAGGAUUUCUUCUCCAAACACAAGGGGGCGCUGGAGACUCGUCUUCCUGUCCUCGCCUCCAUCCUGAUUCCACUCCAGCAGAGGGGGGUUCUGAAUGACCUGGAGCGGGAGCAGGUGGAGAGCAAACCCACCAGCACAGAACGGAACCAUGUUCUGCUCACCAUGAUACAGAACAAAGGAGCCACAGCCCAAAUGGAGUUCUACGAGGUUCUAAAGGAGGCCGAUCUCAAUCUGGUGAACGACCUGGAAAGAACCACCAGAAUCUUACCUUAAGUAAUAGUAGAGCUUUAAAGUCAUUUUGAUCGUAAACUAACUUCUAUUAGGUACUACUAUUUGUAGGAAAUUGUAUAUUACCUUGUCAGUCAAUGUGACUCUUUGGGGAUUAUUUUUGCCAGUGUGUAAACAAAUUCACAUGUUGCGUAUUUAUUCAGGGUGAAGGAUCCGAGCCAUGAGUGGUAUUUACGGCAGUUGAAUAAAAUACAAAUACUCCACAACUGUAGGUGCUUUCUAGGAGUUCUUAUAUCUUGUGCUAACAUGUACAGUAUGCACAGAGCUCUGAAGUUCAGAAGGAAUGUGCGUCACUCUUGGGGUUAAUACUGGUGCUGGUGUGUGUUCCUCCUGUUUAUUUUAUAUGAAUGCACCAGUUUUCAGUAAAUAACUGUUUUUCUCCCAUA